GCCAAAGCAAAGGCAAUUCAAACGCCAUCAUUUUUCCAUUUCCCCCUCUAAUCCAUGGCUGUUGAAGCUAGGCAUCACACUCUUUCCCCCCCUCAGUUCUUUGGAAACAGGGAAAUGAUGAAUCCCAUUGAAGCAAACAGGAAUCUGUAUCCCGCAGAGAUGGGAUACGGUUUCGCAACGGCGGCGGCGGCGGAAGGAUUGCUUCCUUUUUAUAACCCUUUGGUUAACGAUCAAAAAGCUGCAGCCGCGGCGGCGAUGAAAUCAGAGAGUAGUUUGACGUGCAACAAUGUUCUGCCGUUACCUAGAAAGCGUUCAAGGGAUUCCAUUAAUCCAAUCCUUUCGUUUCCUUCUCUUGUUCAGCAACCCCAGGGCAAUAUUGACAAUAGCAAAACUUGCUCUCCGUUUUCGUUUCUGGGUCAUGAUAUUUCCCUUCAUAUGGAGCAGCAACAGUUGGAUAUUGAUCAUCUUAUCUUCCAACAUAUGGAAAGAAUGAGAGUGGAAAUGGAGGAGAAAAGGAAGAGGCAAGCGAGGAAGAUAAUGGAGGUAAUCGAAGGCGGAUUAAUGAAAAAGCUAAGAGCCAAAGAGGAAGAAAUCGAGAAGAUCGGGAAAUUAAAUUGGGCACUCGAAGAAAGGGUGAUGUCGCUGUGCAUAGAGAAUCAAAAAUGGCGAGACUUGGCUCAAACGAACGAGGCAACGGCCAACGCGCUUCGGACAUACCUAGAACAAGUCCUCACCGCCGCGCGUACUAGUGGUGUAGAGGAGGCUGCAACCGCAGCGGAAGCGGCGGGAGACGAGGUUGAUGAUGCGCAGUCUUGUUGCGGAAGCAGUUGGGAAGUUGAGAAACAGUGCAUGUUGGCAACGACCGCCGAGAAAGGUGGCAUCACCGGCGGGAGGUGGUGUAGGAACUGCGGGAAGGAAGAAUCUUGUGUGCUGCUGUUACCGUGCAGGCAUUUGUGCUUGUGUACUUCUUGUGGGUUGACGGUUCAUAUUUGCCCCGUUUGUAAAUCCACUCAAGAUGCUAGUGUCCAUGUUAACAUGUCAUAACCCCCCCCCCCCCC